UAGAGGCGAGGGGUGGAGCGAGGCGCUGAGGGGCGUAUCCGCGGCGGGGCCUUCCCGUGGCGCUGAGGAGGUGGCGCCCCGCUCCGUCCCCUCGCCUCGGUACUGGUCUGUGGCCGCCUGUCCCUCCUGAGUAGCCGAUAUUCUGAUCACUAUGGCAGCCACAAGAAGUGUGAUGAGAGCUGUCAGAGUUUUUGAAUUUGGUGGCCCUGAAGUGCUUAAACUCCAGUCAGAUGUCUUAAUUCCUCAUCCAAAAGAAGAUCAGGUGUUAAUUAAAGUCCAUGCCUGCGGGGUAAAUCCUGUUGAGACAUAUAUUCGUUCUGGAAAUUAUGCUAGAAAACCAGCGUUGCCCUAUACUCCUGGCUCAGAUGUAGCUGGUGUAGUAGAAGGUGUUGGGGAGCAUGUGACUGCAUUCAAGAAAGGUGACAGGGUUUUUACCAUCGGCACGAUCUCUGGAGGAUAUGCAGAUUAUGCAGUUGCUGCAGCUAAUAGAGUCUUCCCUUUGUCGGGGAAAUUGGACUUUAGGCAAGGAGCAGCCAUUGGAAUACCCUACUUCACUGCGUAUCGUGCUCUUUUCCAAAAAGGGCGUGCCAAAGCAGGGGAAAGUGUGCUCGUGCAUGGGGCGAGUGGGGGAGUGGGAAUAGCAACAUGUCAGAUUGCCAGAGCUUGUGGUUUAAAGGUUUUGGGUACCUCAGGCACCGAGGAAGGCAUGAACGUGGUUCUGAGAAAUGGCGCUCACCAAGCAUUUAAUCACAGGGAAGCCAAUUACAUUGAUAAAAUUAAGGAAUACAUGGGGACGGAAGGAGUUGAUAUAAUAAUAGAAAUGCUCUCUAACGUCAAUCUUGCUACUGACCUGCAACUGUUGUCCUACGGAGGAAGGGUGAUGGUCGUGGGCUGUAGAGGUCCUAUUGAGAUAAAUCCAAGAGACACCAUGAGUAAAGAAUCCAGCAUAAUUGGAGUUAGUCUGUUUCUUGCAACUGAGGAGGAGAGGCGUGAGUGUGCAACAGCGCUCCUUGAUGGCAUAGAAGCUGGCUGGCUGAAACCCGUUGUAGGCUCUGAAUAUCCGCUGGAGAAAGUCGUGAAGGCUCAUGAAGACAUCAUUCACAGCAGCGGUGCGCGAGGAAAGAUGGUGCUCCUUCUGUAAAGCCUUUUUCCAGUUAUUUUGUAGCUGUUCUGACUGCACCUUGGCUUACGCGAUUCAUUGAACGUAUGUUAUAAAACAUACUUUUGAUCAGGCUUGACAGUAACAGCAAAUGCUAACUUACAUUAAUUAAUUAAGAAUUUAUUUUCUUUUUGUAACAAGCAGGGUUGCGUAUACUUUAAAGUAUUUUUAGUAGCUUUUUUGUCUGAUGUGGAAAUAAUAAAUUUUCUGUGCUGA